AUGUCCAACCAAGGAGGCAGCUAUGGGUUUAUCGCAACAAGACAGAUCUUACCUGGAGAACUGAUCAUGAAAGAAGCACCGCUGGUCAAGAUCAAACUUGGCCCAACUACGCUUGGGAGAGCAAGUCGUAAGGUAGAACAAGCCGCUCAAGAGCUCAGUGGAGAAGAUUGUAAUUGCUUCUUAGGUCUCUCGAAAGUUUGGGAGAAUCAAAGCGAAAUCCGAUUAAACAAAUAUUCAGGGAUCUUUUGUCAGCCUCUGGGUAACUAA